CUUCUCCCGCCCUGACCGCCGCCCGGGCACGCGCCCCCGGCCGCCUCCGGCAGUGCCUGGGCCAUGGGGCUGCCCACGCUGGAGUUCAGCGAUUCCUACUUGGACAGCCCGGAUUUCAGGGAGCGCCUGCAGUGUCACGAGAUUGAGCUGGAGCGGACCAACAAGUUCAUCAAGGAGCUCAUUAAGGACGGCUCUCUGCUCAUUGGGGCGCUGAGGAACUUGUCUAUGGCCGUACAGAAAUUUUCUCAGUCACUACAAGAUUUCCAAUUUGAAUGCAUUGGUGAUGCUGAAACAGAUGAUGAAAUUAGUAUUGCUCAGUCACUAAAAGAAUUUGCAAGGCUGCUUAUUGCAGUAGAAGAAGAAAGACGAAGAUUGAUUCAAAACGCUAAUGAUGUUUUAAUUGCACCACUUGAGAAAUUUCGAAAAGAACAGAUAGGUGCAGCAAAAGAUGGGAAGAAGAAGUUUGACAAAGAGAGUGAAAAAUACUAUUCCAUUCUUGACAAGCAUUUAAAUUUGUCUGCAAAGAAAAAGGAGUCUCAUUUGCAAGAGGCAGACACGCAGAUCGACCGAGAGCAUCAAAACUUCUACGAAGCAUCAUUAGAAUAUGUCUUUAAAAUCCAAGAGGUUCAAGAGAAAAAGAAGUUUGAAUUUGUUGAGCCGCUUUUGUCAUUCCUUCAGGGUUUAUUUACUUUUUACCAUGAGGGAUAUGAACUCGCCCAGGAAUUCGCACCAUAUAAGCAACAGCUGCAGUUCAACUUGCAGAAUACAAGAAAUAAUUUUGAAAGUACUCGACAAGAAGUAGAGAGGUUGAUGCAGAGGAUGAAAUCUGCUAACCAGGACUACAGACCCCCCAGCCAGUGGACGAUGGAAGGCUAUCUAUAUGUCCAGGAGAAACGACCACUUGGUUUUACGUGGAUUAAACAUUAUUGUACAUAUGAUAAGGGAAGUAAAACAUUUACAAUGAGUGUUUCAGAAAUGAAAUCCAGUGGGAAAAUGAACGGCCUUGUUACUAGCUCACCGGAAAUGUUUAAGUUAAAAUCUUGUAUCCGACGAAAGACAGAUUCAAUUGACAAACGAUUUUGCUUUGACAUAGAAGUAGUUGAAAGGCAUGGGAUCAUCACAUUACAGGCCUUCUCAGAAGCUAACAGAAAACUCUGGCUUGAAGCCAUGGAUGGGAAGGAACCGAUUUAUACCCUGCCUGCCAUUAUUAGCAAGAAAGAAGAAAUGUACUUAAAUGAAGCAGGCUUCAACUUUGUGAGAAAAUGCAUUCAGGCUGUGGAGUCCAGAGGCAUCACCAUUUUAGGCCUCUACCGCAUAGGAGGAGUGAACUCCAAAGUUCAGAAACUCAUGAACACUACAUUUUCUCCAAAAUCACCUCCUGAUAUCGACAUUGAUAUUGAAUUGUGGGACAAUAAGACAAUAACAAGUGGGCUGAAAAACUACCUCAGGUGCCUUGCAGAACCGCUGAUGACUUACAAGUUACACAAAGACUUUAUUGUUGCUGUUAAAUCUGAUGACCAAAACUACAGGGUGGAGGCUGUUCAUGCGUUGGUGCACAAAUUGCCGGAGAAAAACAGAGAGAUGCUGGACAUCUUGAUAAAGCACCUAGUCAAAGUAUCACUACACAGCCAACAAAAUCUCAUGACUGUCUCAAAUCUCGGUGUCAUAUUUGGACCAACUCUGAUGAGAGCACAGGAAGAAACUGUGGCUGCCAUGAUGAAUAUUAAGUUUCAGAAUAUUGUCGUUGAAAUUCUGAUAGAGCACUAUGAAAAGAUUUUUCAUACUGCCCCAGACCCAAGCAUUCCGCUCCCUCAGCCUCAGUCUCGGUCUGGAUCCCGGAGGACGCGAGCAAUCUGCUUGUCCACAGGCUCCCGGAAGCCCAGGGGCAGGUAUACCCCCUGCCUGGCAGAACCCGACAGUGACUCCUAUAGCAGCAGCCCAGACAGCACACCCAUGGGUAGCAUUGAGUCACUCUCCUCUCACUCCUCUGAACAAAAUAGCACUACCAAGUCAGCUUCCUGCCAGCCCCGGGAGAAGUCUGGAGGCAUCCCCUGGAUUGCAACCCCAUCGUCUUCCAAUGGACAGAAAAGCCUUGGGCUCUGGACAACCAGUCCUGAGUCAAGUUCUAGAGAAGAUGCAACCAAAACAGACGCAGAGUCAGACGGACAGAGCGUCGCCUCGGUCGCUAGCCCAGGGGACACCUCACCACCCAUAGACCUCGUCAAGAAAGGGCCGUACGGACUCUCAGGGCUGAAGAGAGCCUCUGCGUCCUCCCUCAGAUCCAUCUCCGUGGCUGAAGGAAACAAGAGCUACAGUGGAUCCGUUCAAAGCUUAACUUCUAUAGGUUCCAAAGAGUCACCCAAAGCCACACCAAACCCAGACUUGCCUCCAAAAAUGUGCAGGAGGUUAAGGCUAGACACUGCAUCAAGCAAUGGCUAUCAGCGACCUGGCUCAGUAGUGGCGGCAAAAGCCCAGCUGUUUGAAAAUGUUGGUUCACUUAAGCCGGUUUCUUCUGGGCGCCAAGCCAAAGCCAUGUACUCCUGUAAAGCUGAGCACAGCCAUGAGCUCUCCUUCCCCCAAGGGGCGAUAUUUUCUAACGUGUACCCAUCAGUGGAACCCGGAUGGUUAAAGGCAACUUAUGAAGGCAAAACAGGACUAGUCCCAGAAAAUUAUGUUGUCUUCCUCUAAUGCUGUUUAGUGGAUGGCAGUAUCUUCAUGGUAUCCAUGGUGACAAAUAAGAAGUGCGAUGAUUUUAUCUGACACAGAUAUGGGGAUCAGCCCACUCAAUGAAAACAGUCCAUUUCUAUCAAGUUCUUCACCAGCAGACUAUGUAGCUCCAUAUUAAUGGAAAAAGAAAACAAGAAAGUAUAAACUAUAUACCAUUCUUCCUUGCUGGUUUCUUAUUUUAAAAAUAUUACUUUUCAAAAUAACGGUAAGUCACUCUCUACAAUGUCUCUUCCAUAGUAACUGUGGAAUCUCAAAUACCAUGUAAAAAUAUUAUAUCCCCAAAAUUUGAAAACCGGAAUCCUGCUAUAUGGAUUUGGAGAUGCAUCUUUUACUGUCGGGCAUUCUCUGAGCAACCUUGAACUCAGUACUUAAAAAUGUAAUUUAAAUUGUUCAUUUUAUUAUUUUUUUUCUUAAAAAUAUACUGCUUUUAUAUGUGAUUGUUUUGCUGGUCCUAAACAUUUCAAAGAAAUAAGUCUUCAUUCUAAGAUAAUUUUAUUUUGUUUCCUAAAUAGAUGAUAAUAUUCAGAAGCAAUAAUGUAUAUGAUGUCUGUAAAGAAAGCCAACUUAAGUCAUACACUGAUUCCACUGUAAACAGUCCAUCCAGCAUUGCAGAUAGCUUCCAUGGGUCUAGAGGAGGGAUCAGCAAACUGUUUCUGUUAAAGACUGUUAGUAAAAGGGUUUGUGGUGGGCUAGAUUUGGCUUGUGGGUCAUAGUUUGCUGACCCUUAGUUUAGAGAUUGUGUGAAAUUGUUCUUUGUAACUUUGGGAUUUUAUAAAAUUUUACUGCAUUAACAUAUAAAUAUUGGUAAGUCAUACACAUAUACUCUCUGCUAGUAGCAGAAUAGUGGCAUCACAAAAGUAUAGCUAUAAUAAUGGCUAAACUGUAAAAGCACAGUACAAAGGCGUACUACUUAAAUUCCACGUGUAACACUCUAAAGUGUCAAAAUAUUUUAAUGGUACCCAGCAUUGGCUUUGGGGACACUGUUUUACAAAUGAUAAAGAUGUUUGAUGAUACUAGUAGGGAAGCUAUGCCUCAAAGUCUAUGUUUAGUUGAAACAGAAAAUAAACAAAAAGACACAGGACUCUUCAAUCAUAUUGAGUCACAAAAAUUGAAAUUGUGUCAUCAUCUUUAAUAGUAAUAAAAUCUGUAUGUGAUUUUCUUUUAUGCCAAUAAGUGUAACAUCCUUUAUUAGGAUUUUUUUCUGGAUUUAUAGAGAACAAAAAUUUAUGGAUAUAUAUAUAUAUAUAUAUAUAUCAUCAACAUUUGGUCAUGCAGCAAUCGUUUCUCUAAUUUUUAUUUCAACAAUUCUAAUAUAUUAUUUCUAUAAAUAUCUAUUUGUGGCAAAAAAAACAAAAAAGAAACUUUCUUAGGAUUCCAAAAAGUGGUUACUUACCAAGUGGCUGCUUACUUGGCCUUGAUAUCUUACUUGAUACUUCAGACUUUCCCCUAUAUAGACACUCAGGUAUUAACUUUUUAAAUCUCUUUUUUACAUGAUAUUGUAAUCUGUAGCCUCAAUCUCUUCUAUGUUCAAUUAAUACUACUAGAACUAAUAGGCUAAACACAUACACACACAAACCAUGCCUCAGUAUUUAUGCUUUUAAAAAGAAAAGUAAUAAAAAUAGCCAGAAUUAGGAUUAACCAGUGAAAUGCAUAGUAGUGAACAGAGUCACAGCCAGGAAAAUAUAUCAGGGAAUCAAAAUAAUGAAAAACAUUCUAACAGGAUAAAAAUUGGUGAUGUAAUGGAAAAAUCUGAUGAAAGUGUAUCUUGUUCUUUUUCCUCUUGCUGUUGACUCUGUUCGCUAUAAUAAGGUGCUGGAGCUUCUUGGCCAAAGUCCUUGGUGGCCGUUAGUAGUAUUGACAGCAUUGCAAGUCUAAUUACCUUUUGCGGGAACAGAAGGUAGCCUUUCCAGUGUACCAGCCCUUAGUGGCUAGGGCACCCACGUUUUAAGCACUCUUGCCAUUACCUGGCAUUCUGCUGGAUUAGAACCUCUCCAGGCAAAUUGGCUUUCUUUCGAAGACCAACUUGACUCCAAAGAGAGAUUCAGAAUCCUACUUCACUUGCUGCUGCAUAAAGAAAUCUCAGCCUUCAUUUUACUUUAACACAGACCAGAGUGUCCCUAUUAGCUAGUAACACUGAUGCUCAAGGAGAAACAAAAGCGGUUGCUUCUAGAACAUGGGUGUGCCAUCCAGCUCUCCUUCUAAUGAUGAUACUUGCUUUGUGGCAGUCCCUACAGUGAUCCCUUUCCUGAAGCAAGCAACAAAUGUGUUGGUUCAAGUUAUGCAUUUGUUUGAAGUUUUCAUCUUGCAGAUUUGUGAGGAGGGUUCUUUUUCUUCAUAUUGAUUACGUGUGUAAGCAAGACCUGGCUAUAUACUGGAGACAGGCUAAAGCUGCUUGUCUUUUGAAGUUAAGUUUCCUACAGAUAAGGUAUUUUGAGCAUGGAAAAAAUCAUGGAAAUUAAACACCUGGAGUAUUAAUUAUACAGGAAAACAAAGCUACUCAUUGGAAUAGGACCACUUUCAGAAUUGUAAUAGUAUUGCAAUAACAGAAUUUGAGCUUUUCGGAGACAAUGUGAAGAUAUGUUAGAAUUGCCAAAUCCACUCUGUUGGAACAUGCAACAAGUGUACCCUGAUCACAACUUAGGAUAUAAUCAGUGUGAGGAUGACAUUGAGAGGCCUAAUCAAGGAUCUCGCGUGUUACGUGACAACAUCCCUGAGAAUAAACUUUUAUGAGUUUCACAGAUGACUUUUUUGGUGUUCCAUAACACCACCAAAAUUAUAGAAGCUUUUCAGUCAACUGAAGGAUUUUUCUGUUGUGUUAUGUGUUCAUGUCUGAAAAGUAAUCUUAUAUUCCUCUAAACGUCUGUGAAGCAUGGAGAAGUUCUGUUUCUCCUUGUUUGAUGUGAAUGCUUUUGCUUGUUUGUUGCAUUGGUUCUCUGUGCUUUGUAACGUACAGGAGCAUAACAAGGCUUUUCAACACUGGCUCCUUUGCUGACUCUUUGCGGAAUGGUGGGGGAAAAAUGUACUUAACAAUCCUUCAGUUUCAAACUAUCCCGUUUCCCAAAUAGGAAAAAAUAAAGAGAUACAACAAGUUUCAUUUUAUUCUUAUUCCAUGGUAAUGAGCCUUAUAUGUUAUGAUUUGCCUUUUAAAGAUCCACCAUAUUGUGAAGAAAACAAAUCUUUUACCAAACUCCUACAAAGAUGGCACCACCUUCUUACUGGUAGUUUUAUUACUCAGGUCAGUCUGCAUCAAAAAGGAUAUCAUUCACCUGGAGGUUGAUUGAGAGUCCCUCACAGCCUUGCCUUAAACAAUUUCAAUUUGUAGAACAAGUUGAGAAAUCCUUUGUCUAAAAUUCUGGGGACCAGAAGUAUGUGGAUUUCAGAUUUGGGAAAUUUUUUAAAUACAUGAGUUCUCUUAGGAAUGAACGCAAGUCACAUACUCCUGAUACACAAAGCCUGAGGGUAAUUUUAUACAAUGGGUUUAAUAGCUUUUCUAGAAUUUUCCAUGAUGCUGUCAUGUUGAUGCUCAAAAAUAUUUUAAGAUUUCAGGUUUUUAGAUUACGGAUGCUCAACCUGUAAUACCCUCAGUUAUGUAUGAAGGAUGUUUUGAUUAGCAUUUAGAACCCCAAUCUGAUUCAGACUUCCCUGACUCAAAUCAGAGGAAGACAAUUUGGGAAGAGAUUUUUAUCUUUGGUUUUAAAAUACCUAGGUAAACUGUAAAUGUUACUAUGAUCUCACAUCACUGAGCAGACUCCUAAUCAUAUCUCCUGAUAGAGAAACAGGCAGAAGCUUGCCUAUUGUCUAGAAGUUCUUUUCCUCUUGACUAAAGGUCUCCCCCCUUAGGUAGGAAUUGUUAUUUAAUUUUGCCUCCUACACAACAUCAGAACACUUAAAAAAUUUAGUUUUUCUGAACUGUCUAGAUGUUGCCUGUCUCCUACCACUCACAAAUUUAAUAUCAGGUAUUUAUCACUAGUCUCAAUUUCCUGAACACAUUAAGUGUAUCCAUCCAUUGCAACCGUAAUGCAGGUUCUGCCGGCAGUAACCCUGGGAGAACUCAGGCUUAUGAAUGAUGUGGACUUUUACAGGAUUAGAUCAAUGGCUAAGAUUUUGCAUUUUUUGUAGGCUAGUUACUAUUUUAAAUAACCUCACAUGAGAAUGAUGACAGCACCUACAAUAAGCCACUGGCAGAAAACUGAUCUUCAUGUCUACAACCAGUGCAAACCAGAACAUGGGUUUGGGAAUUUGGCAGGUCAUCACUUCUGUCACUCAGAGAGGACAAGUUCCAGUGGGCUAAACACUGACUGUGUAGGGAGAAGAGUCUGUAUGAAAAGUUUCACAAGGCAGGGAUCAUUUUCAAUUAUUACAUACAUAAAUUUUCUUCACUAUUCAAGAUGCUUAAGUCCCUAUUUGAAGCACCUCAGUAUUGGAGGGGAAUGUUGAAUAUGCUAAGACCACCUCAAUGAGAUAACCACCUUCUCCCCUUUGUAUCACCUGUUAUUUCUUGCUACCGAUGGUAUUUAUGCUUCCAUGGCUAAGAAGAUCUCAGUGCCACCUUGAAUCACUCUUAUAUUAAAAGUGUAUGUUGUUCUAUCUCUGACAGCAGAGGAGGUUUUUGUCUGCCAAAAUAUACUCAGCCACCUCCUUUUUGCAGCGAAUGAUACCCACGAGAACUAAGAACACUGGCGUCACAUGAUUGAUGCUUAAAAUCCAAGGGAUCGCCACAUAGUCAAAGCUGGGAUUUCAAGAACUCUGAGCCAAAACGUUUACAAAUAGGGAAUUGGAUGGGAAAGAUGUCUGAGUUUGAAAUUCAGAAUGCUAUUUAUAUACCAUUAAAAUUUAAGAUAUUAUAGUUUCUAUAAAAGUUGGAUACUUAGAUAUACUGUAAUGCUAGAAGCUUCUUUGCAGCCACUAACAUGACACAUUAAGUAUGGAAAAUAUGAAAAUGAUUGUCAGUAAAUUAUCAUAUUGAAUUUUUUGUUUAUUUUGUAGUGUUUCUGUAUUUGCACUUUUUGUGUAUAUAUAUAUAUAUAUAUAUUCACACCCAUGCAUAUGCCAACAUGUAAAUAAUCUCAUGUUAUUCCUUAUCUGAAUUGCCACAAUAAUGUAUGUUUGCACUGUGUUUUAAAUUACUUUAAAAUAAACUGUAUAAGCAUGUUUGAA